AUGACGAAGGUGGCCGGCGGUCGGGAGCGCACGAGCCGCUUCCUGUUUGUGGAUCUGGCCGGCAGCGAGCGCACAAAGGCGAGCAACGUCCAGGGCCUUGGCGUGCAGGAGGCCAAGAACAUAAACCUGUCGCUGAGCUCGCUUGGGCGCUGCAUCUCCGCGCUGCGGCAGACCGGCACGAGCGGCAGGGCCGCAGCGGCGCCGGGAUCGUUCGUGCCUUGGCGUGACAGCGCCCUCACCAUGCUGAUGAAGCAGAGCCUGAGCGGAAACUGCCGGACGGCUCUGUGCGUUUGCGUCGCAGAGGACGCCGCGUGGGCCUCAGAGACAAUAUCGAGCUUGAGAUUUGGUCUCACGUGCGGGGAUCUGAAGACCUCCGCGUGUGCCGUGGAGAGUCGCGAUGCCGAUCAGGAACGUGCUGGCGUUCAGGCGCGUCUGCAGGAGAUCGGUGUGGAGCUGGCCGAGCUUGUGAACAAAGGAGCGCAUGGCCAUGUUGACCCCUCCUUCCCGCGAACGACAGCACAGGGCUUUGUGGAUAAUUUCAAAAAUCUGCGCAUAACAGAAGGGGAGCUGGUGAGGAGCAAAUUGGCAGCGAAUGCUACUCAACAGGCAGCUCUCGAGCAGACUAUCAAUAGCCUCAAGGGAGUCGUAAUACGCCAGAUCACCACGGGUCUCUGGAAGGAGCCAACGAAGGGCUGGCGCAUCAAGAUGGAUGAGCGCAGGGGUCUACUGCAAGAGCAAGAGCGACUUUGUGCAACUAGUGGAAAAUCCCCCCCCGUUCUUGGCAGCGAACUGGCUGAUGGAAUGAGCUGCAUGUCACUGUACGAUCUCACUCGCGACUUUACGGGAUGA